UUUGGAGCAACGAAAAGAGUGUGAAAUGCGUUUUUAGAACCACGUCCGAUUAAUUGAAUGGUUUAGUAUGUUUCUGGUAGUGGAAAUAGUCAAUGAUAAGGGCGAAAAGGAGUGGAAGGUAGCACCCAAACGAUGGGUGUGCACAACGAAGAAUACCCGGCGAACGGUUCUGUUGUGGCCACAUGAAAUGGGAGCUGAACGGCAAAUGCACCUGGUCAAAGAGGGAGUAUGCAAACCGAUGAAAAGUUGGAGUCGGCAGGAAUGUAUCGUGAGGCAAGAGUGUUCGACUUACGAUGGGGCAAAUGCUGCAUUGAAAGUUGCUGCACUGCUACGGCCACGUCCAAAAGCGAAAGUUACAAUUCCAAUGGUCAGCGCUGUUGCGAUGGUACAGAGCGGGCAGACUUUACAGCAAGAUAAUGAAGAUCCACUGAAUAUAGAUGAUCUCAAUGAGGUUCCAGCUAAACCAUCUGCCAAAACGCUGUUGCAUACGGAUGGGAACCUAUCAACGAUGAUCUCUAUCAAAUCGAUGGUGCAAUCCUUAAUGGCAAAACUUGAAAUGUUCGAGAAGCUAAACGCCCGUAUUGAGAAGCAAAAUGCUCAUAUUGUGGAACAAAAUGCUAACAUUAUAGAGCGGAACAAAAGCAUCGAGAAAACGAAUGCAGCUCUUUUGACAAAGAUAGAUGUAAUGCAGAGAGCAUUGCAUAAUCUUGAUCCUCAACAAUUAUCUACAACGAAUACAACGGACUUAAUGGAAGCAUCCUCGUAUUCCUUUGAUCCUAUGGAAACUAUUGAACAGGUAACGAGACUAAAGCAAAAGUUGAAUGAUACGUCUUAUCGCCGGAAACUGCUUUCAUGGUUAACAAUAAAUGCUACGGGCCAGAAUGCAAACACAAGGAUGUCGACCUGUUUGGAGUUGCUGUUUAGCCGCGAACUAGUUGCAAAAUACACAUGGACAGGGAUGGCUAGGGAUGGAAAAGAAAAAGUAGCUAUGCGAAAUCAUCAAAACCUAGUAAAUCUGUUCAAGGCAGUUGGUACAACACCACGUGAAAGAAUUGAUGGAAAUUAUGUCUCUAAUUUUUUCAAAUUAAAACUUAAAACCCAUCGCCAAUCGAUGGAAUCUUUCGAUGAUGAGUCACAAUUGUUUUGAAGUACAAGAUUUACACUGACACAUGCAUAACUGUUUGAUAUUGCUUUUGAUAUUUCUGCUACUGUAGAUCCUAUGCCGAA